GGGGCUGGGACAGGGGCUUCCUGAGGUGACAGAGCCCAGUGGAGAGCCGUCUCCAGCAGCAGACAGAGGUGUAAGAGCUCUGGAUGUUCUUCUGCGCAGUAAAGGAGAACCGGGGAAGGAAGGAGAACCAGGGAAGGGAGGAGAGCCCAAGUCUGGACUGAGGGCUCCAGUCCCGGACCAGAAGGAAGGAGAGCGGCUGCCUGACCGCCAGGCCUUGUGGAUACUCACCAGCUGGAAGACAAGAGAAUUGUCUUGUAUUUCAAACAUCACUAUGACCUCCGGUCUCAUCUUUCUUUACAUUUUGAACCUUGUCCUUGUCAUAAUCAAAACUGAAACCAGAGUAAUUCCCACCUUGUUCCUUUCCUCUUCCAUCUGGCUGAUGGUGCUCUGUGCUCUACCCAGCUCCUCCUGGUGACUGUGCAAGAUGCCUCUGAGAGCAGAGUCGUGUUUCUCCAGAUCCAGGAUUUCCCCCUGAUAAAGCUCCUUUGUAUCCUCUGUAACCAUGGAGACCCCAGAGCCCGGGCCAGCGGAUGGAGAGGAGCUUCUGGUGGAGCUGCGACCUCGGACCCGCUCCAACCCUGAAGGAGCCGAGGACCGCCGCAGCAGCACCGGCAGCCUGGGCGGCGGCAACAACAACAACAGCCCGAACGUCCCCCAGCCUGCGGUGGGCAGUCGGGUGGAGGGCGAGGGGGAGGCGUCCACCAGCGACAGUCCGCCCAGUUCCACCACCACCACCGUCUCCACAGCCGUCGCCCAGACAGUGGUUCCUCCUGCGGCUUCGGUGGCGGCUGCAGCCGGAGCCGCGGCCCCCCUGUCCACGGCAGCUGUGGCAGUCAAAGAGAGGCCGAAGCCCCCCCAGCAGCAGCAGCCCACCCUAACGUCCUCCGUCCCUCCACCUGCAGAGUACCAGCUCCGUGUCCCCCGGGUCAACUGCCCAGAGAAAGUGAUUAUCUGCUUAGACCUUUCUGAAGAGAUGUCACUGCCGAAGCUAGAAUCUUUUAAUGGAUCUAAAACAAAUGCCCUGAACAUCUGUCAGAAGAUGAUCGAGAUGUUUGUCCGAACUAAACACAAGAUCGACAAAAGGCACGAGUUUGCCCUGGUUGUGGUCAAUGAUGACGCCCUAUGGUUGUCAGGCUUCACGUCUGACCCCAGGGAGCUGUGCAGCUGUCUGUACGAUCUGGAGACCAACAUGUGCGACUCCUUCAACCUGGAAGAUCUUCUCAAUGUGAUCCGCCAUAAAAUCGAGCUUCCGUCGAUGGAGAACGUUCAGACCAUCCCGCCGCCGUACGUGGUGCGGACCGUGCUCAUCUACAGCCGACAGGCGGGACAGCUUCAGUUCAACCCCUCCGAGGCUGUGAGUAAAAUGCUGCAGUCUCCAUAUUUUUUCUUUGAUGUGGUUUAUCUGCACAACGGGGUGGAGGAGCAGGGCGAGGAGACGAGCUGGAGGGACAACUACACUUCUUUCUGCAACCUGGACUCGAAGGGCGUGUGCUAUCACUUUGAGGUUUCCCUGAGCGGCCCGGCCAUCGAGCUGCACAACUGCAUGGCCAAGCUCCUGGCUCACCCCUUGCAGAGACCCUUCCAGAGCCAUGCGUCCUACAGCCUGCUGGAGGGGGAAGACCCCCAGGACAUUGAGGCAACCGUCUGAAAAACGGGACGCACUCACAAAGCACUGCUUCUCUGUGACAUGUACACACUGUAAUUCAACAGAAAAGGGCCUGUAGGGGG